CCUCAGCGCUUGGAGCACACGCGGCCUCCGCGUCUCCUCCCGACCUCCCCCCUCUUGGUCCCGAAUCGAUCUCCCCCACCAAACAGGAGCACCAGAUCCCCGGAGGCCGGAGCCGGCGGAGCAGAGAGCGCGCGCGCGCGGCCAGCCAACCGUCCACCCACCAUGCUCAGGGUCGCGGGCAGGCGCCUCUCGUCCGCCCUCGCCUGGCGCCCCGCCGCCGCCGCCGCCCCGGCGUCCGGCACCCGGGCCCCCGUCGCCGGCGCCCUCCCCGGUCGCGACGACGACGACGACGCGCGCGACCGCAGGGCGCGCUUCGCCAUCGACUCCCCCUUCUUCACCGCCGCCAGAGGAUUUUCAGCUGAAACACUUGUGCCAAGAAACCAGGAUGCAGGCUUAGCCGAGCUCCCAGCAACUGUGGCAGCUGUGAAGAAUCCCAGUGCAAAAAUUGUCUAUGAUGAGUAUAACCACGAGCGAUACCCUUCUGGUGACCCCAGCAAGCGUGCAUUUGCAUACUUUGUGCUGAGUGGUGGGAGAUUCAUUUAUGCCUCCCUGUUGCGUCUGCUUAUCUUGAAAUUCGUCCUGAGUAUGUCAGCGAGUAAGGAUGUUCUCGCGCUUGCCUCUCUUGAGGUUGACCUCUCAAGCAUUGAGCCUGGCACCACUGUGACCGUUAAGUGGCGGGGCAAGCCAGUCUUCAUCAGGCGAAGGACAGAGGAUGACAUCAAGCUGGCGAACAGUGUUGAUGUUGCGUCCCUCCGCCACCCGGAGCAGGAUGCGGAGCGUGUCAAGAACCCUGAGUGGCUGGUCGUCAUCGGUGUCUGCACCCACUUGGGCUGCAUUCCACUCCCCAAUGCGGGAGACUUUGGCGGCUGGUUCUGCCCAUGCCACGGCUCGCACUAUGACAUCUCUGGCAGGAUCCGCAAGGGCCCAGCACCCUUCAACCUGGAGGUGCCUACGUACAGCUUCUUGGAAGAGAACAAACUUCUCAUUGGCUGAUACUACUGGCUGUAGUGUUGGUCCUAUGGCGACGCCGUUUUGUGUUUGAUCGACAAUUACCUUUUUUGUUGCCUGGGUAUAGACUCCAUCUGAGUGCAGUAUUGUUACUAGCACCUGACAGUAAUGAAUAACCUGCUGCUACUUAAAGGAUACUGUUAAUUAUUGUCGAGUUUGGAUCACUUUUCUGAUCCCAAGAGGAACAAUCUUGAUCAUGUAAUACCUUUAGCUAUUGCAGUCCAUUUUAUUCAGUCUUGCCCGGGUUAGUAACUCUUCUGGUAUUACUUGGAUUGAAGAAAUUUUUCUUGUAGCUAUCAUGGUUUGGUGAAUUAUGCUGAAUAAUCAUGUGAAAACGACAA